AUGUGUGAUUCAAUAGAAAAUCCUAUAACACAAGAAAUAAAAUUAGAGCAGGACAUUUUAGAACUGAAAACUGUACGCGUAUUCUCUGGAACCUUCAAUGUUAGCGGACAAGACGUAACAGAAUCUCUUUCCCCUUGGCUUCAAUGUGAUUAUGAUAUCGAUAUUUAUGCCAUUGGAUUCCAAGAAUUGGAUCUGAGUGUAGAAGCGUAUUUGGUAUAUGAUGGUACGAGAGAAUCUAAUUGGACUAACGCUGUUUUGCAAGCAUUAGGUGAUAAAGCUGCUGAUUAUCGGAAGAAUACCCAUGAGGAAACUAAUCGUGAAACUGUUAUAUUCGAUUUAGAUCAUGUCAAAACAACUGAUCGGAAUGCUUCUUAUAGUCCUAAUGAAAAGCAAGCACAAUAUGGGAGGCAUUCAAAUACGCAAAGUUUGUUUGGUAACAAAGGUGGUGUAGCUAUUCGGUUCCGUUUUCAUGAUUCAUACCUAUGCUUUGUAAAUUGUCAUUUAGCAGCUGAUCCUAAUGGACUAGAAAGAAGGAAUCAAGAUUAUUUGGAUAUCUGUCAGCGAAUAACUUUUCCUAUUAAUAUGAGUGAAGGUUAUUCAUCAUUAUAUGGUUGGGUUGGUGAUUAUAUACCUCCAUAUGCCAAAAAUGCAGUUGCAGGUAUGGGAGGGAUGGUGGGUAUUAUAGGCACAACGCCUAAUGAUAAUAAAGUAGGUGCUGGUCAAGUUAUGCCCAUAUUUGAUAACGAUCAUUUGAUUUGGAUGGGAGAUUUAAAUUAUCGAAUAGACACGUUACCAGAAUCUGAGGUAAAAACUAUGUUGGAAGGAAACAAUACAGAAGUAUUAUUGAAUUUUGAUCAGCUGAACAUACAAAGACAUAAAAAACAAGCAUUUAAUGGAUUUGAAGAAGGAAAAAUCACCUUUCUUCCCACUUAUAAGUAUGAUUUUGGAACAAAUGAAUGGGAUACUAGCGAAAAGAAAAGAACUCCUGCAUGGACGGAUAGAAUAUUAUGGAGAAGUCAGAAUAAUGAAUGGUGUAAAUUACUUCGAUAUGUAAGUCAUAUGAAAAUUGCAUUAAGUGAUCAUAAGCCUGUGAGUGCAAUUUUUGAAUUGAAGAUUAAAAAAUGUGUGAGGGAUGAUUGGAUCAUAUUAAAAGAUAAUGAGUGUGAACAGCAUACAGAAAUAAAUAAGAUUCCGACAGACUUAAAUAAUACAGGGGAGAGAGGAGAAUGCUGA